GACGACGGCAAUCUGCCACGAUAGCGCUGAUGUACCACCGUCUUCGGCCAGUAAUUCUCCUUCAUGAAGGUGGGCAGCAUGUUGGUGACUCGGACCAUAAACGCCUUGAAACUCGCGUUGUGGCUUGACUCCAGCUGCGUCACUCAAUGUCAGGUUACUCCUGGUCCAUAUGUAAUCGACAAUGUCCUGUUCCUUGAUGGCGUAGUGAAGGCAGGAUGAUGGGGUGCCGUGGUCGGUGUAGCAGCAUGCAACGAUGUAUCUACAUCGGAUGUAGGGGAACAACCAUGUUAGAUUGUGUGGUAUACCCUCAGGAUCGGCGGCGCGUGCAGAGUAGGUUUGCCGGGGCAGGGGGCGCAGGCCUGGACGUGAGGGAGCGGCGCGGGGGGCUGGCGCCGCACGAGCUGGCCGCCCAGCUGCGGCGGGGACCCCUCAUACUGCUCAUAGACGCCAGCCUGCUCUCCUGUGAUCUAUGCUACUAUAACAAAUUCAGACUCGACUUUAGGUGGUGCUUGGGAGGUCGCAGGUACCGAGGCCACUACGUGGUCCUGUGCGGGCUACGAGGUACUCGCGCCUACUACUGCGACCCCGCAAGGGGCGGACGAGAGGUUGGGGGAGGGGGGCGCGGGGAAGGGGGAGGGCUUCGAGGGGGGCGGGGGCGCGUGUGUGCGGCGCCGCUCGAGCGCGUGCUGCGUGCUCACCGCGCUGUGGGUACGGACCACGACGCAAUACUCAUAUACAAGGACUACACCCGACCGUAG